AUGGAUUACACCAUCUCAACGCCUGAUAUAACUGUCGAUACUAUUCAGGAUUCCAUUCCAAGAGAACAGACGCCGAGAUCAACUGUUCCGUCUCUGGAAAGUAUAGCAGGGAGUACUCGCAUCAGUUUAUUAUCAACCACUGUACAAACGCCACCACCGAGUAGCAUCAGACCAAAUAAUGACGGAAAAGAGGCAGAACUCCUAGACUUUUCGAAUCUCGCGCUCAUAUGUCCAAUCAACAGCGACGACAUCAAAAACCGCUGGCUGAACUCGUAUGUGCCCUUGCCUGGCCAGACCGUCAAGGAGUACUCCCCCAGCAUAAUGAAUUUCGUCUACCGCAUCCUGAAAUCAUACGCAUCCAUGAUGGUUCGAGGUCGCGGAAUACCUCCUUUUAUACACUCGUCUCAAAUCACCACAGAGUUGAUCACCCCACCGCUUUCGACAUGUCUGAGUCUAGUCCGGAUAUGCGAAAAGUCUCUUCCAGGGAGUGAAGAAGUGGCUGUUGAUGUCAUACAACGGGAGAUGAAUAAGCUUUACGACAGGCACGCAACAUACGAUGACAUCAGUCUACUUGCGGCUUUCCAAGCACAUCUGAUUUACUCAAUGGUAUUGUUCUUCUAUCUUACCCCAGGAGGUCCGAAACCCUUUCUGCGACAAGCCGUCAUAAAUCUACAAGAGAUUGCCUGUGUCUGUUCACGUCGAGGACUGAUGUGUCUUUCAGAGCAACAAGGGAUUCGGCCAAAGUGGGAAGACUGGAUUGUAGCAGAAUCAAAACGACGGACGCUAUUCACAAUGUACUUUUUCGACAAUGUGCUCUCCGCUCAGGAUAGCUUUUCCAUAUAUCUGGGGAGUGAGCUAAAAGGUUUACCGGCACCGUCAAGCAAGUCGUUGUGGCAGUCUAGUGUCCGGCAUCAGUGGGAAAAGACCUACAAUAUUCACCUGACAGAUUGGGCUGAUAAUCUUUUUCGAAUCGAUGAACUAUGGCCUGUACCGGAUGACCUCGAUGAGGACGGAGUGAUUGAAAAGCGUAAGAGAGUUGACAGAUGGUUGGAAGGAGUGGAUGAAUAUGGAUCAAUGAUUUAUGCAGUGACGAGCUGCACUCACGGGGAAUAA